AGCCGCGGGAGGAGGAGGCAGGGGGAGAGUCUGUGAGUCGCCCAGAGGCAGCGCGGCGGCUGCUGCGAGGAGUCCGCGUGCGGAGCCGCCGGCGGCCCGAGCGCUCGGGGCCGGGGCCUGGACUGGGAAGGAGAGGCCGGAGCAGCGCCGGGCGCCCGAGGCCGGAGCCGAGGAGGAAUGUGACCUGGGGUCGGCGGGGGGCGCGGGAGUACGCGAGCGCAGGGAUGGGGCAGCAGGUGGGCCGCGUCGGGGAGGCUCCGGGGCUUCAGCAGCCGCAGCCCCGCGGCAUCCGGGUCGGCAGUGUGGCCAGGCCCUCCGGCCGCAGGCGGGACCUGGCGGGGCGCACCGCGGAGGCCGGCUUCAAUAUCUUCACCCAGCAUGAUCACUUUGCCAGCUGUGUGGAGGAUGGCUUUGAGGCAGACAAGACUGGAGGCAGUAGUCCAGAAGCCUUGCACCGCCCCUAUGGUUGUGAUGUUGAACCCCAGGCACUGAACGAAGCUAUCAGGUGGAGCUCCAAGGAGAACUUACUUGGAGCCACUGAGAGUGACCCUAAUCUCUUUGUUGCACUUUAUGAUUUUGUAGCAAGUGGUGAUAACACACUCAGCAUCACUAAAGGUGAAAAGUUACGAGUCCUUGGUUACAACCAGAAUGGUGAAUGGAGUGAAGUUCGCUCCAAGAAUGGACAAGGUUGGGUGCCAAGCAACUACAUCACCCCGGUGAACAGCUUGGAAAAACAUUCCUGGUACCAUGGACCUGUGUCGCGCAGUGCAGCAGAGUAUCUGCUCAGCAGUCUAAUCAAUGGCAGUUUUCUGGUGCGAGAAAGUGAGAGCAGCCCCGGGCAGCUGUCGAUCUCGCUCAGGUAUGAGGGGCGUGUGUAUCACUACAGGAUCAAUACCACCACAGAUGGCAAGGUGUAUGUCACUGCCGAGAGCCGCUUUAGCACCCUGGCAGAGCUCGUGCACCAUCACUCCACGGUGGCUGAUGGGCUGGUGACAACAUUACAUUACCCAGCACCCAAGUGUAAUAAGCCCACAGUUUAUGGUGUGUCCCCUAUCCAUGACAAGUGGGAAAUGGAACGAACAGAUAUUACCAUGAAGCACAAACUCGGGGGUGGUCAGUAUGGAGAAGUUUAUGUUGGCGUCUGGAAGAAAUACAGCCUUACGGUUGCUGUGAAAACAUUGAAGGAAGACACCAUGGAAGUGGAGGAGUUCUUGAAGGAAGCUGCAGUGAUGAAGGAAAUCAAGCAUCCUAAUCUGGUCCAACUCUUAGGUGUGUGUACUUUGGAGCCACCGUUUUACAUUGUGACUGAGUACAUGCCGUACGGCAACUUGCUCGAUUAUCUCCGCGAAUGCAGCCGAGAAGAAGUGACUGCAGUUGUCCUGCUGUACAUGGCCACACAGAUCUCUUCUGCAAUGGAAUAUCUAGAGAAGAAGAAUUUCAUCCAUAGAGAUCUUGCAGCCCGUAACUGCCUAGUGGGAGAAAACCAUGUGGUAAAAGUGGCUGACUUUGGCUUAAGUAGAUUGAUGACUGGAGACACGUAUACUGCUCAUGCUGGAGCCAAAUUUCCUAUUAAAUGGACAGCACCAGAGAGUCUUGCCUACAAUACCUUCUCAAUUAAAUCUGACGUCUGGGCUUUCGGGGUACUGUUGUGGGAAAUUGCUACAUAUGGAAUGUCACCAUAUCCAGGUAUUGACCUGUCUCAGGUGUAUGAUCUACUGGAAAAAGGAUAUCGAAUGGAACAACCUGAAGGAUGCCCCCCUAAGGUUUAUGAACUUAUGAGAGCAUGCUGGAAGUGGAGCCCUGCUGACAGGCCAUCUUUUGCUGAAACACAUCAGGCUUUUGAAACCAUGUUUCAUGACUCCAGCAUUUCUGAAGAAGUAGCUGAGGAGCUUGGGAGAGCUGCCUCCUCCUCAUCUGUUGUUCCAUACCUGCCCCGACUGCCAAUACUUCCUUCCAAGACCCGGACGCUGAAGAAGCAGGUGGAGAACAAGGAGAAUAUCGAAGGGGCACAGGACACCACAGAAAAUUCUGCUUCCAGUUCAGCACCAGGGUUCAUUAGAGGUGCACAGGCCCCUAGUGGGUCCCCAGCACUGCCUCGAAAACAAAGAGACAAGUCACCCAGCAGCCUCUUGGAAGAUGCCAAAGAGACAUGCUUCACCAGGGAUAGGAAGGGAGGCUUCUUCAGCUCCUUCAUGAAAAAGAGAAAUGCUCCCACACCCCCUAAACGUAGCAGUUCCUUCCGAGAAAUGGAGAAUCAACCCCACAAGAAAUAUGAACUCACGGGUAACUUCUCAUCUGUUGCUUCUCUACAGCAUGCUGAUGGGUUCUCUUUCACUCCUGCCCAGCAAGAGGCGAAUCUGGUGCCACCCAAGUGCUAUGGGGGGAGCUUUGCACAGAGGAACCUCUGUAAUGACGAUGGUGGCGGGGGCGGGGGCAGUGGCACUGCUGGGGGUGGGUGGUCUGGCAUCACAGGCUUCUUUACACCACGUUUAAUCAAAAAGACACUGGGCUUACGAGCGGGUAAACCCACAGCCAGUGAUGACACUUCCAAGCCUUUUCCAAGGUCAAACUCUACAUCUUCCAUGUCCUCAGGGCUUCCAGAGCAGGAUAGGAUGGCAAUGACCCUUCCCAGGAACUGCCAGAGGUCCAAACUCCAGCUGGAAAGGACAGUGUCCACCUCUUCUCAGCCAGAAGAGAAUGUGGACAGGGCCAAUGAUAUGCUUCCAAAAAAAUCAGAGGAAGGUGCUGCUCCAAGCAGGGAGAGACCAAAAGCCAAACUUUUGCCCAGAGGAGCCACCGCUCUUCCUCUCAGAACCCCCUCUGGGGACCCAGCCAUUACAGAGAAGGACUCUCCAGCGGUGGGGGUGGCUGGAGUGGCAGCUGCCCCAAAGAGCAAGGAGAGGAAUGGUGGAGCACGACUUGGCAUGGCUGGAGUCCCAGAGGAUGGUGAGCAGACAGGCUGGUCUUCUCCGGCCAAGGCUGCAGCAGCCAUCCCAACCACUCACAACCACAAAGUGCCAGUCCUUAUCUCACCCACUCUGAAGCACACUCCAGCUGACGUGCAGCUCAUUGGCACAGACUCUCAGGGCAAUAAAUUCAAACUCUUAUCUGAGCAUCAGGUCACAUCCUCUGGAGACAAGGACCGACCCCGACGGGUAAAACCAAAGUGUGCCCCACCCCCACCCCCAGUGAUGAGACUACUGCAGCAUCCGUCCAUGUGCUCAGACUCCACGGAAGAGCCCACUGCCCCGACUGCAGGACAGCCCAUGCCAGAAACACAGGAAGGAGGGAAGAAGGCAGCUCCGGGGGCAGUGCCCAUCAGUGGGAAAGCUGGGAGGCCAGUGAUGCCUCCACCUCAAGUGCCUCUGCCCACAUCUUCCAUCUCACCAGCCAAAAUGGCUAAUGGCACAGCAGGUACUAAAGUGGCUCUGAGAAAAACCAAACAGGUGGCUGAGAAAAUCUCAGCAGACAAAAUCAGCAAAGAGGCCCUGCUGGAAUGUGCUGACCUACUGUCCAGUGCAAUCACGGAACCUGUGCCCAACAGCCAGCUGGUGGACACGGGACACCAGCUACUCGACUACUGCUCAGGCUAUGUGGACUGCAUCCCUCAAACUCGCAACAAAUUUGCCUUCCGAGAGGCUGUGAGCAAACUGGAACUCAGCCUGCAGGAGCUGCAGGUGUCUUCAGCUGCUGCCGGGGUGUCCGGGGCAAACCCUGUCCUUAAUAACUUAUUGUCAUGUGUCCAGGAAAUCAGUGACGUGGUGCAGAGGUAGCCACUGUGAGCCUCAGGGGAAGAUGCUCACAUUUCUGAGGGGAGAGGGAAAGGGGCUUGUUUUCCUGUGUUCUUGUUUUCAAAAAAUGAAAGACUGAUACUUGAGUGUGUUUAUGUGAAGUACCUCAGAUCUCUGAGUUCUCACGUUUACAGGUUCAUCUCAAAAAUAACAAAAAGCAAAACACAUAGGACAGGGAAAUGAAAUGGGGGCAGAGCAGUGGUGGACAGGAUUGGAAGCUGCCCUGGAACAUCAGGGAACAUGUGUCUGCCAGGCCACAGAGAAACCAGUCCAAUCCGUUCUUACCUGGGAUGACGUGUGGUGGGUAAACAGGGCUGCUCUGGGCCAGGCUGCGGGCCUGUGUGCAGACUGUGGACUGGCCGGGGUGCUCACUCCGCGCCCCACAGAAGGGGACUGACUUGGGGCUCCAGGAGGUACUGGCGGUGGUCACGUGCCACCUCACCUAAUGAAUCGGGUGGGAGUGAAGAAGGGAAAGCUGGGAAUGGUACCGAGGGGGACCUUUCCUUUGAGGCCAUUGAAAGCAGCUGUUUCUCCAGAGCUCACCGCCAUAGUCGAAGCUGCAGGUCAGCCUGCGAGGGCAUGCUCCUGUCCUUUUUACCAUGGGCAUGUUAAUUGGUGCAGGAAGUAAAGAAUGCUAGGAAGUAGUCAGGGAGAUUGAAACUUCCUCCUCACAUCUCCACUGAUGAGCAGAAGUCAUUUCUCCCCCUCAUAGGUUAUUUCCUAGUGGACUGGGAUUGGUUUUUAGCUCGUUGGUGCCCAUCUAUAAAUUGUAGGCAUAGGGGUCUCCUUUGUGGUUCCUCUCUGCUCUCUUCCGGGCGGGCCAUCUUCCUUUAUAUCUGGCAGUAUUCAGGGCAUUAAUCAAUGUUGAUAUGGAAAACAGCGGUCACGUACAGGCUCUCUUGGGGAUCCUUUUCUGAUGCCGUGCCCCUGCAAACCGACAUACUGGCCAAGGAAUUAAGCAGCUCUGCAUCUCUUUAUCGGCUAACACGCCAGGGAAGAAGGUCUCUUCUUGGAAUCCAUUGGCCAGCUCCAGAGGUCUGUGACUUUAAGUGUUCUUGAGAAGCCGAUUUGGUCCCAAUGGCCAUUUCUCUGUACUUUUCACCUCCCUCAUCAUCUUAGACCCAGGCUAGGUAGGGAGGAGGAGAAAUAUUCUUUCACUUUCUGUGAAUUUCAGAUGAAUUGCCCCCAAUUACUCCCACCUACUCUUCUCCCUUCACAUAGCCCCUUCCCCCUCAUGGUUGUGCUUGUCUGUAAAUACUGUACUGGGAAUACUCUUUGAUAUUUAUUUUGUCACUUCACCUCUCUUUGAAGAAUGCAUAAUCGAAGGGGCAGGUCAUUUCAAGGAAACACUGAUUAAACCCUAGAAACAUAAUGACUUAACCCCCAAAUAUGUUUUGCCUUUGAAAACUAGGCCUUUUCCUAUUUAGUUAUAGUCAUGGAAGCUAAUUAGGAUCAUAUUGAACUGAACCUAAGCAGUUAGAUAUUAUUAAUAUUCUUGAUAUCAGGUCUAAUCUUAAUACUUCAUUCUCUUUUUAAAGCUUUAUGACCACCACCCCUCACCUGCCCAAGGAGAACCUGAUACAAAAGAAUAAAUACGUUAUUUUUUCCUCCCAAAUAUUAACUUAGGAAGGUAGGAGUUGAACACUGGUGACCUGUGAGUUUUCUUCCUGCCUCUGUUAUCGUUCCACUGUCAAGCCACAGCCCCAUCUCUUAAUCUGUUAAAGGAAGGUAAUGCUACAUCUUCUCCAGGGUGUUUUGCAAAUAAGUGUAUAGCUAUCCCUUUGAGAGCCACUUCAGUGCAGCGUUGUUACGUUCAAUGGUUUUCAUUCUCUUCUUUGCUCAGUAGCAGAUAAUGGAAAUGUGGAACUGCUGAGAUGAUGCUAACGGGGCUAGAAUACUGAGGAGGCAAAACUAUGUUUUGGACAGAGUUUGUCCUUUUUGAGGAGGAAACUGAGUUUUCAUUAGAAAGAAAGGAAACCUUGAUUCUUGCUGUGGCUGCUCCAGAGGAGGUGCAGGCCAGGAGGAGGAUGAGAAGGGAAGAGACAGUCCUGGGCUUGGCAGGGCUUGGGUGAGCCCUGACUGUAGGUUACCUACAGGAUGCAGCACAGGCAGUGAGCAAUCUGGCUGACCUUCCCUGGUCGGUCGAGAAGACCAGACUUCCCUUUAACCUGGAUGUCGGCCCAUGGUCCUCCCACCUCCUUCUUCGCCACUCCCCUUCAUCAGUCAUUUCCAUAAACUUGAAAUUGUUUUAGCAAUUUGCCUUUUAAGGGUGGGCAGGGACAGCUAAAACUUUAGAAUAUUAUGCUGCUUUUUAAGUUUAUCCGUCAUUGUGGGAUGCAAUUUGAGGGAUUAAUUAUAAUUGUUGUUUUUUUCAGGGGAUUUUUUUUUUUUUUUAAAGCAAGGGAUCUUUCCUUGAGAGCUCUGAAAAUAAGCCUUGGAAGAACACUACUGAGUGUAUGUAAGCUCCCUGGUUCUCUCACCGCAGAAUAGUUUUGAGGGUGGGGACUGUGUCUCACUCAGGGGCAGCACCUGGCUCUCUGUCUUGCCUACAGUAGGUGCUUACUAAGUUAUGAAAUAAAUUGCUUUUGUUCAACACUGUCCAGAGCAGCGUUAACUAUUGUAGCACAGCCCGUCCACGUGAUGCUUGAACUGUGUGACUUCAGUAUUGAAGGCUCAGGGUUCAGGUGAAAGAGGCACUGUCAACUCACUAUAAAAGUAUCAUUUAGAUUGCUCCUUUUUCUAAUUGAAAAGGACCAGAUUUUUAAAGUAACCUUAUAUAAAUUUAAAAGUUUGAGUUCACAGCAGAGAAAACUGCUCAAGACUAAAAGCAUGACCUGUCUAGUUUAAAAGCAAAGCAGGAGCAAAAGCCCUUCUAUGAGUUGUUGACAACUUUCUAAAGUGGUUAUAUAUGCCUACAGUGGGCUGUCUCAGCUUGAGUCCUUUCAUGUACAGGUAAUAUGAUUUCAGCUUCUAUUUCUUACCUUAAAAUGCAGUGUUUUGUGUAAAAUACAUCUUGAUUGUGCUUUACAUGAAGUAUUUUCGUAAAAGGCUUUGUGUAAAAUUAAAGCAUGUCUAUUUUCCUACAGACUUCCAUUGUGAUUUUCAGAGAUAAUAGCCUUAAAAAAGAUUGGCCCUAAGAAAUUUAGUGUUUUUCCAAAUGACCUCUGUUCAUUGAUAUCAUUAGAGUAGAGAUCCUUUCCCAGUUGCAUUUUGGGGUUUAAAUUAGAAUUUUCUUACAAUUCAGUUGAAAAUUGGCUGGUAAGAUAGUGCCCAGUUAAUAAAAGAUGCUGACUUUGCUAAGGCAUAGCCCGUGUUAACUAAAGUCAUGGAGCUUUUGAGUUUCAAAGGAUACAGUAUAGCUGGUGAUUAAGAGUUGAGACUCUGAAGCCAGUCUACAAGGCAAGUCAUUUAACCUUCCUGAGCCUUAGUUUCCACAUUGGAAAACAGGGAUGAUAAUAGUAACUACCUCAGGGUUGUUGUAAGGAUUAAAUGAGAUAAUGUAUAUUAGAUUCUUAGCUCGAGUGCCUGGCACAUAAUGAGCACUCCAUACAUGUUCAGUGCUACUACUAUUAUAUUAUUAACACUUAGUCUAGUGAGUCUCUUAGCCAGGGAUGUGCAACAGAAUCUCUGGAAUUUAACAAACAGUCUGACGUGUUGGCUCAUCCCAGAUCAGAAUUCCCAGUGGGGUGAAGUCACAGCAAGUGUAUUUUCCAAGAAUUCCUCCAAGUGUUUUAGACAUCCAGCACUGCCGGAACACCAUUGGUACCCCAACCCUUUUCUUCAUAGCUUCAGAAAUUGGAAGAGAGGAUGGUGAAGUUACCUGCCCAUUAUCUUAAUUAGUGGCAGAGUCAAGGCUAAGGUCAGGUCCCUUGACUUUCUGGUUGUGGGGUAUUUCUGCCCUUACUGCUGCCUUGUGAGACACUGCCAAAAAAAAAAAAAAAAAAAAAAAAAAAAAAGUGGCUCAGAUAGACAAUCAGCCUGCACAGUGCCGCACACUUUCUAAAGCACACACACACUCCUGGCGCUCUGACCUCGAGGGCCUUGAAUGUUGAGUAAUGGCAACACUAGCAAAGCAGGCAUUCAGUAGAGCUCAGUGAUAUAAAAAAAAAAAAAAAUGUAUGGGGUUAUUCCUUUGGACAGACCUCAGCAACACAGCAGUGGUCUGUACUUUGCUAUAAAGAAAUAUCGAGUUAAGUUUUAAAAAAAACCCUAGUCCUACAUUCCUUUUUCUUAAAAACAAAAUGACUUUAUUCCAUAUCAUUUUAAUGGCUAUGAGGUAAUGUAUAUGAAAGCACUUUGAGGAAAGUAUCAAGUGUAAUUUAACUGUAAGGUUGUAUUAUUAAUGUCUGUUUAGAAGAUCAGACAGUUAGAUGCUGAUUGACUAAUCACCCCCGUGACUUACCACAUUUGUAAAUAUGAAACUGCUAAAUGAAUAUGUGCAGGUAUAGUUAAGUGUUUUGCUAAAAUUGUAGCUCAGCGCCGAAUAACUUCAGAAAACUACGGACCAACUUUCUGGUUUAAUUAUGAUCAUUAAAAAAUACUAAUAUGUACUCCAGAAUAAAGAAGCUCUUCCAGGGACCUUGACUCAGGAAGAAUUAAAGCCCUUUUCUUAGCCUUGAACACUUGUCCACAACAUGUUCAGCCAUUUAGCAUCCAAACAUGGUGGGAGCAGACUCUUACCUGUUAAUGUUGACAGUGUCUUUUUAACCGAUGUCCAGCGUGGUUUCGUUGGGAUUUUUUGGGUGGGGAGGGGACAGGUGGGAUUGGAUGGCCAUACAACCAGUGCACUUUGGGAAUUAGUUUUCUAGGAUUUCCUCCCGUUAGAAAUGAGCUUGAUUUUCAUCAUCUGUAUGUGCGUGUUUUUUCUAAAAUGAGUAGCUAAACACAAUUUGCCUAUUAGAUUAUAAAAUACCCCAGAGUAAAUUGCAUUGGUGGCCACUUUAGAGUUAUAGCUACACUGCACUCUGACCUCUCCCUUCCAGUUUUAGCUCUUGUCAUUGUUACUGUCUGGCUAUGCUUCCACAGGAAUUCACAUUGAGCUGACAGGGUUGUCUGCGUUUUUGUUCAUAAUGAUUUUGGGGUUUUAUCUCGCUUGGCAUUAACUUAUUUUACCUUGGUUUGGGAUCCAUCUGUUUCCUAAGCAUUUAUUACAACCAGUUUUCUUAUGUAGAUGGGUCUCUGGAUGGAAGUCUCUUCUUAUGAAUUGAUAGACCUCCAGCUGUCUAUAUCUCUGUCUCAGCUUCUGUCAAGCCAGUGGCUCAGUUCUUUUGUAAAUGUCCGCUUUGGAUUGGGAUGUGUGGGAGCAGGAAAGAGAGAAGGAAAGGCAGCUCCAAGGGACCUUAUGCCCUUCUGACAAAGGCAAGCAAAGGUAGCCCCACAGAUGCCUGUACGUUCUGCGUGACAACCCAGAAAACUGUUUGCUGGCCAUAGCCCUGCUAGUCAGGAGAAGCCUUGGGCUGGUUCGAAAGCUUGUCCCACUCUUAACAGUUAGGAUAGUUAAAUCUUUUGGAGAGAGCUCCAGUUUUCCAACUACCAGAAUUUUAAAAAAUGCAAGGUUUGUUUUUUGUUUUUUUGGGGUUUUUUCUGGCAAGUGCCUCCAGUAACAGUGAUUGCUGUUACCUGCUCUGUUCCAGCCAGAACUUCACUGCUAUUCCCUGUCCUCCUGUAUUACUGGAAAGCAUGGGUGGAUUCCAGGGCUGUGGAAUGGGUCUCCUGUGCAGAGCAUCUACCCAGAUGACCGUCUUGGCUCCAAGUCUGUCUUAUGUGAAAUUUACUGCAGUGUCCAAAAAGAGGAGUUUCUGCUCUGGGGCUGCUGUUUCUGAUGCCAUACCAGAGGUGUACAUUUCCUCUUGAGAUAACACAUAUAUAAGAUGAUAUUUCCUUCAUUUCUAACUCAGUAUCAUAGAUCCAUAGGACAGGACAUUAGGGGAGGCUCCACCCUGUGAUAAUCAGGGUAAGAAGAUUGCAUGCUGCCCCCUGAGUGAGGAGGCCAAAGCAGGUCAUCUUGAUUCUAGGUCAUUCAGAGGAUUGUGCCUUCAGAGAUGGGUUUUGUGUGUGUUGCGGAGGAGAGACUUGUAGGCUGGGUUGAUGUUGCAUGAUGAGUGAGCUAGAACUGGUAGGUGGGUGGCGGUGGCUCAAAGCCCUGGUCGGUGAGAAUCCCUGCUUGAGAUGUUCCCCACACACACGGUGUGUGACAGACUGCACUUUUCUCCAUCCUGAUUGGUGAGCUGGGGGAAGGCUGUUCUAACUGGCCCUUCCCUCCUUCCAAGAGCAUUUCUUUGCUCCUGUGUACAAUUACGAAUUUGAAAUUGUUUAUCUCUCUUAGAAGAAUUACAUCCUUUAACUUUCCCACUGUUGAGUACACAUACUGAACACAGUAGCAAGGCCCUGGAGCAGCCCAUGGUCACAAAGGGCAUGUGAACUGAUCUAACCUGCACAUCAGCUCAAGGAAGGGCUGUCUCCUUUAAGUCAAAAGCUUAGGCCACUUUGUCCUCAGAUCACACCCCAUACGUGCCCUCUGUCUGUUCUGUGAAAUUCUUGGUUGUUUUACUCAAAGGAGCAAGUUUCUGGGUCCUGCAUGUCACUUCAGACUACUGAGCUAUAAAUGCAGGACUUGAGGUCUGGGAGCAUUCUGGUCAAUUCUUUAGGACAUGGUGGAGGUGAAUUGUCCAGUGCUAGCAGGCUUUAAGAAUUUAAAGAAAAUUUUAUCAGAAUAGGAAUUUUAAAUCAUGUAAUUAAGCUCCAUAAACUUGAACUGGAGAAUAGGACUUCUAGUUAGUAAAAUUUUCACACGUAGGGAUAGUUUUCAUCAGUUGUGUAACACAACAGUAACACAGGUAUGCCAAAUAAAUUUAUUCUUGAUUCAGAAGAUAUUGCAGGAUCCUGUAGUGCUUUAGUGUCCUCACUGGUGAGUCCCAGAUACUGUUCUUCACAAUUCAGAGGUACCAUACCAUGUGUUGAAAGUGGCAAGAAUGCCAAGAGACUGAGAUGUUUCUGGUAGCCGAAGGCCAGGUAAGCCAGCCUGCCUCCAUUUCGACAAGCCGUUUUUCACUGUGGCCACUGUUCUUGGGAUUCCGUUAGGAGAGAAAUUUUCUGAGAUCUUGAGAAAUCACCUUGAUUUAGGGUGAUUGUUCUUCAGAGAAAUUAGUAUUCAGAAACUAGAAAGGACAAUGAGGUACUCAUCUUAGAGUUCUUUAGGGCAUAUGUUUGAAAACCUUCAGAUCUCAGAUCUGUAGAGAGGGUAUGUGUUAUGUCCACGUCUUGUACAUACACCGUUGUCGUGCUAAGAAAGGAGAGGAGUAGGUGAAAGAGGAUUUGCCCAGAUCUUUCCCUGUGGUGAAUAGAAGCUGUGCCCUGGUUUGGUGGUUUGCCAUGAACAGGCUGAUUGAGCUGUUUAUGCAUCCUCAGAACCCCCGGUCUCCUGGGUGGACCCCACACUCUUCCUCUUUGCAAUCCGAUUCUGUAAUGACUAUCAGUGGAGAAACCCAGUUUUAUGCUCGCUUGACAAAAACAAGUUGGAACAUUUCAUGGUGGCUGACAGAAAUUUGCCCUAAAACAUAUGAUUCUUUAAAACUUGUUUAACAUUUAUACCAAAGGUCACGCUCUGCAGGUGUAUACAUGGUGGGUGCACACGGGGUGAGGCCUGGUGUGCACUGCGGAGGGGACACAGUGAGACAAUAUGGGAUUUAACUGAAAACACAUCAAUCAUGGGUCACACUGCCAGUAUUGUCAGGUAUUUGUUCUUGUAAUAUAUUUUCAGGUGUUUUGUUUUUCUAAUUUAAUUCUCUCACCCUGUUGUCUGACUGUGAACUGCUAACAGUGUUAAACUUGAUGUAAAUAAACGAGGCCCUUGAAAGGGGAA